AAAAAAGAAAAGAAAAAAAAAACACAUUAUAUUAUACAAACAACAGAGCAGCGACCUUCACAAACCCCGCAAUACCCCCUUCUUCCCUCUUUUCUCUGCGCUCUGGAGUUUCGCUUUCUUCUUCUUCUUCGUCUCUCUCUCUCUUCCAUUUGCUUAGGGCUUUUCUCUAUCUUCUUUGCCUCCCAAACUCCGGAUGUGUAUACAUCCGUCGCCCCUCUUUCAUUCCUCUCUCAGUAGUUAAAAGUAGAGAAGCUGAGGCGGGAAUAUGACGACGUUAAGAUCAAGCUUGCCGUCAAGGUUGCGCCAACUUCUAUCCGGCGAUGGCGGUUUCGGGCCGUCUAUCAAACUGGAGUCAGACCCUCCUCCUAAGAUCAAAGCCUUUAUUGACAAGGUGAUCCAAUGCCCUUUACAAGAUAUACAAAUACCUCUUUCUGGUUUUCGUUGGGAGUAUAGUAAGGGAAAUUUUCACCAUUGGAGGCCACUCUUUCUGCAUUUUGAUACAUAUUUCAAGACAUAUUUGUCCCCUAGGAAUGACCUCCUCUUGUCAGAUAAAAUCUUAGAAGAUGAUUGUCCUUUUCCAAAACAUGCAAUUUUACAAAUUCUGCGAGUAAUGCAAACUAUUUUAGAGAAUUGCCAUAACAAAAGUUCUUUCGAUGGCUUAGAGCAUUUCAAGCUCCUACUCUCAUCAACAGAUCCUGAGAUCCUUAUUGCUACACUAGAGACUCUUUCUGCACUUGUGAAAAUAAAUCCCUCCAAGCUGCAUGGAAGUGGAAAGUUGAUUGCUUGUGGCUCAGUCAAUAGCUAUCUCCUGUCUCUGGCGCAGGGGUGGGGAAGCAAGGAAGAGGGCUUGGGAUUAUAUUCAUGUGUUAUGGCCAAUGAGACUACCCAAGAUGAAGGGCUACAUUUGUUCCCAUCUGAUGUAGAAAUUGAUUCUGACAAGUCUCAGUACCGGAUAGGUUCUACUCUUUAUUUUGAACUACAUGGGAAUGCCCAAAGUACAGAGGAAAGUAGUAGCAGUGUAAAUUCUUCUAGUUCAAGAGUUAUACAUAUACCAGAUAUGCAUUUAAGGAAGGAAGAUGAUCUGACACUGAUGAAACAGUGUAUUGAGGAGUUUAAAGUACCUCCUGAACUCCGGUUCUCAUUGCUGACCAGAAUCAGAUAUGCUCGUGCCUUCCGUUCUCCCAGAAUAUGUAGGCUGUAUAGCAGGAUUUGCCUUCUUGCUUUUAUUGUGCUUGUUCAGUCUAGUGAUGCUCAUGAAGAACUUGUCUCCUUUUUUGCAAAUGAACCAGAGUACACAAAUGAAUUAAUCAGGAUUGUAAGGUCUGAAGAAGCUGUUUCAGGAAAUAUUAGAACCCUUGCAAUGCUUGCUCUGGGAGCUCAAUUAGCUGCAUAUUCAGCAUCUCAUGAGCGGGCACGGAUUUUGAGUGGAUCUAGUAUCAAUUUUGCUGGGGGUAAUCGCAUGAUACUCCUGAAUGUGCUUCAGAGAGCUGUUUUGUCACUUAAAAACUCCAAUGAUCCAUCCUCUCUUGCUUUUGUUGAAGCUCUCCUUCAGUUUUAUUUACUUCAUGUAGUUUCAUCCUCAACUACAGGAAGUAAUAUAAGGGGGUCAGGUAUGGUUCCUACAUUCUUACCUGUUUUGGAGGAUUCUGAUCCUACACAUUUACAUCUUGUCUGUUUCGCCGUAAAAACUCUUCAAAAGCUCAUGGAUUAUAGUAGUUCAGCUGUGUCUCUUUUUAAGGAGUUGGGAGGAGUUGAGCUUUUGGCUCAGAGACUACAGAUAGAAGUACAUAGAGUUAUUGGUUAUGCCGAAGGUAGUGAUAAUUCAAUGGUCAUAGGUGAAAGCUCAAAAUAUGGUGAUGAUCAUUUGUACUCACAAAAGAGGCUUAUCAAAGUUUCAUUGAAGGCACUUGGAUCUGCCACAUAUGCUCCUGGAAACUCUUCUAGAUCUCAACAUUCCCAUGACAGUUCUUUACCUGCUACUCUAUCGCUGAUAUUUGGAAAUGUAGAUAAAUUUGGUGGGGACAUUUAUUAUUCUGCUGUGACUGUCAUGAGUGAAAUUAUCCACAAAGAUCCAACUUGUUUUUCUGCUUUGCAAGAAAUGGGUCUUCCAGAUGCUUUUUUAUCUUCAGUGGUAGCUGGAGUUCUUCCUUCCUCUAAAGCUCUUACCUGUGUGCCUAAUGGUCUUGGUGCUGUUUGUCUUAAUGCUGAGGGAUUGGAAGCUGUGAAGGAAAGAUCAGCUUUACGUUUUCUUGUCGAUAUCUUCACCAGCAAGAAGUAUGUUGUUGCAAUGAAUGAAGCUAUUGUUCCUUUGGCGAAUGCUGUUGAAGAGCUUUUGCGCCAUGUAUCUUCAUUAAGAAGCACUGGUGUUGAUAUUAUCAUUGAAAUUGUUGAUAAAAUUGCUUCAUUCGCUGAUGCCGACGGUACAGGGUCUGUGGAAAAAGCCAAUGGAAGUACUGCAAUGGAAAUGGAUUCUGAAGACAAAGAAAAUGAAGGGCAUUGCUGUCUGGUCAGUGCUGUAGAUUCAGCCACAGAGGGGAUCAGUGAUGAGCAGUUCAUCCAAUUAUCCAUCUUUCAUCUGAUGGUAUUGGUUCACCGAACAAUGGAAAAUUCUGAAACAUGUCGGUUAUUUGUGGAGAAGUCAGGAAUUGAAGCUUUAUUGAAACUUUUGUUGAGACCUAGCAUUGUACAGUCAUCUGAUGGGAUGUCAAUUGCUCUACAUAGCACAAUGGUUUUCAAGGGUUUUACUCAGCAUCACUCUGCUGCACUUGCCCGUGCAUUCUGCUCCUCUCUUAGGGACCAUCUGAAGAAAGUUUUGACCGGGUUUGAUGUGGUUUCAGGUUCCUAUUUGUUGGAUCCCAGGAUGACAGCAGAAGGUGGAGUGUUUUCUUCACUUUUCCUUGUUGAAUUCCUUCUCUUUAUUGCUGCCUCAAAGGACAACCGCUGGGUAACUUCAUUACUUACAGAAUUUGGAAAUGGUAGCAAAGAUGUUCUAGAAGAUAUAGGACGUGUCCAUCGUGAAGUUUUGUGGCAGAUUGCGCUUGUUGAAGAUGGUAAGCCUGAGAUAGAGGAUGAUGGUUCUAGUUCCACAGCUGAGUCGCAACAGUCAGAAAUGAAUGUAUAUGAAACUGAAGAGCAAAGAUUCAACUCCUUUAGGCAAUUUCUUGAUCCUUUAUUGAGAAGGCGGACGUCAGGAUGGAGCAUUGAAUCUCAGUUUUUUGACCUCAUUAGCUUGUAUCGUGAUAUUGGUCGUGCCACUAGUUCUCAGCAAAGAACAAGUGCUGAUGGUUCUUCAAAUUCAAGGUUUGGAGCAAGUCAUCAGUUGCAUAAUUCUGGAUCUUCAGAUUCUGAUGGGGCUCUUAGUAGAAAGGAAUAUGAUAAACAGAGAUCCUAUUAUGCUUCUUGUUGUGAUAUGGUGAGAUCACUUUCUUUUCACAUCACCCAUUUGUUUCAAGAGCUGGGAAAGGUAAUGUUGCUUCCUUCACGUAGACGGGAUGAUAUUGUGAAUGUUUCCCCUGCUUCGAAAUCUGUGGCUUCAUCUUUUGCUGUCAUUGCAUUGGAGCACAUGAAUUUUAAGGGCCAUGUAAAUGCUUUGGGAUCAGAGGCUUCCAUAUCCACAAAGUGUCGCUACUUUGGCAAGGUAGUUGAUUUUAUUGAUGGCAGUCUACUGGAGAGGCCGGAUUCUUGUAAUCCUGUUCUGCUAAAUUGCUUGUAUGGACAUGGUGUUGUUCAAUCAGUUUUGACCACAUUUGAAGCUACUAGCCAAUUGCUCUUCACUGUCAAUAGGGCUCCUGCAUCGCCUAUGGAAACUGAUGAUGGGAAUUUAAAGCAGGAUGAAAAGGAAGAUACAGAUCAUUCAUGGAUUUAUGGUCCUCUAGCUAGCUAUGGCAAACUCAUGGACCACCUAGUGACAUCUUCUUUUAUUUUAUCUCCCUUUACCAAACACUUACUUGCACAACCUCUGACCAGUGGAGAUAUACCUUUUCCACGUGAUGCUGAGAAUUUUGUAAAGGUCCUCCAAUCCAUGGUGCUGAAAGCAGUGCUUCCUGUAUGGAAUCAUCCCCAAUUUGUUGAUUCUGGUUAUGAUUUCAUUACUACUGUCAUUUCUAUCAUAAGGCACAUAUAUUCUGGGGUAGAAGUGAAGAAUGUUAAUAGCAACAAUAGUGCUCGAAUUACUGGCCCCCCUCCAAAUGAAACUGCUAUUUCAACAAUUGUAGAGAUGGGUUUUUCAAGGCCUAGGGCGGAGGAAGCUUUGAGGCAAGUUGGAUCAAACAGUGUGGAGUUGGCAAUGGAGUGGUUGUUCUCCCAUCCAGAGGAAACCCAAGAAGAUGAUGAACUUGCUCGUGCACUUGCCAUAUCGCUGGGAAAUUCUGAAUCAGACAAUAAGGAAGCUGGUGCACAUGACAAUGCAAGUCAGCUAGAAGAAGAGGUGGUCCAACUUCCUCCCGUUGAGGAGUUGUUAUCUACAUGCACGAAGCUUUUGCAAAUGAAAGAACCUCUAGCUUUUCCAGUCCGGGACCUGCUGGCAAUGAUGUGUUCCCAAAAUGAUGGUCAAUAUAGGCCAAAUAUCAUCACAUUUAUUGUUGACAGAGUGAAGGAAUGUAGUUUAACUUCUGACAGCGGAAGUAGUACCACUCUAUCUGCUCUUUUCCAUGUUCUUGCUUUAAUUCUUCAAGAAGAUGCAGUGGCACGAGAAAUUGCAUCAAAGAAUGGUGUGGUGAAAGUUGCGUCAGAUCUACUUUCUCAAUGGGAGUCAGGUUCUCUUCUCCAGGAGAAGUGUCAAGUACCAAAGUGGGUAACAACAGCUAUACUUGCUAUAGAUAGGCUGUUGCAGGUGGAUCAAAAACUAAAUUCUGAAAUUGCAGAGCAGUUGAAAAAGGAUGGUAUUAGUAGCCAGCACACCCUUACCAUUGAUGAGGAUAAGCAAAGUAGGUUGCAGUCUGCAUUGGGAUUAUCUUCAAAAUAUAUAGACAUAAAGGACCAAAAAAGGCUAAUUGAGAUUGCUUGUGCUUGUAUGAAGAACCAGCUUCCAUCUGAAACGAUGCAUGCUGUUCUGCAACUAUGCUCUACUCUCACUAAAACUCAUUCUGUUGCCGUUAGUUUCCUUGAUGCUGGGGGCUUAAGUUUACUGCUUUCUCUGCCAACCAGUAGCCUCUUUCCUGGGUUUGAUAACGUUGCGGCUACCAUCAUACGUCAUGCACUUGAAGAUCCUCAAACUCUUCAGCAGGCAAUGGAAUUUGAGAUACGGCACAGCCUUGUUGCCGCAGCUAAUAGGCAUUCAAAUGGAAGGGUCUCUCCCCGGAAUUUCCUAUCAAGUUUAAGUUCUGCCAUCUCCCGUGACCCGCUGAUUUUUAUGAGGGCUGCUCAGUCUGUCUGCCAAGUUGAAAUGGUUGGUGAAAGGCCCUAUGUGGUCUUGUUAAAGGAUCGUGACAAAGAUAAAAGCAAAGAGAAGGAGAAAGAAAAGGAGAAAUCUACGGAGAAAGACAAAUCAGUGAUGACUGAUGCAAAGGCUUCUUCAGGAAAUAUAAAUUUGACAACUUCUGGUAAUGGUCAGGGAAAGGUUCAUGAUUCAAAUUCGAAGGGAGGCAAAGCUCAUCGAAAAUAUCCUCAGAGUUUUGUCAAUGUGAUUGAGCUACUUUUGGAUUCUGUAUGUGCUUAUGUACCUCCCUUGAAAGAUGACAUUGUCACAGAUGUACCCCUUGAUAACCCAUCAUCAACUGACAUGGAAAUUGAUAUUGCUGCUAUUAAAGGAAAAGGAAAAGCCAUUGCAACUGCAUCUGAAGAUAAGGAAACUACUAGCCAGGAAUCUUCUGCAUCUUUAGCAAAGGUUGUAUUUGUUCUGAAGCUUCUUACAGAAAUUUUGUUGAUGUAUGCUUCAUCUGCUCAUGUUCUGCUUCGAAGAGAUGCUGAAGUUAGCAGUUGCAGGGGUUCUCAUCAAAAGGUUCAAACUGCUGUAUCCACUGGUGGAAUCUUUCACCAUGUUCUCCAUAAAUUUCUUCCAUAUUCUCGAAAUCCCAAAAAGGAAAAGAAAAUAGAUGGUGAUUGGAGGCACAAACUGGCAAGUAGGGCUAGUCAGUUUUUGGUGGCAUCGUGUGUUCGUUCAUCAGAGGCAAGGAGGAGGGUGUUUACAGAGAUCAGCUAUAUUUUUAAUGCCUUUGUCGAUUCAUGUAAUGGUCUCAGGCCACCCAACAAUGAAAUACAAUCUUUUAUUGAUCUGCUAAAUGAUGUUCUGGCUGCUCGUACGCCUACUGGUACAUAUAUCUCAGCAGAGGCUUCGGCCACUUUUAUAGAUGUUGGUCUGGUUGGGUCAAUGACUCGACUCCUGCAAGUUUUGGACCUAGAUCAUGCUGACUCACCUAAAGUUGUUACGGGUCUUGUCAAAUCUCUGGAGUUGGUUACUAAGGAACAUGUUCACUCUGCUGAUUCCAAUACUGGGAAGGGUGAUGUCUCCACAAAGCCUUCUGAUCAUAAUCAACCAGGAAGGGUGGAUAAUAUUGGUGACACAUCACAGUCCAUGGAUACCGUAUCCCAGUCGCAUCAUGAUUCUGUGGCACCUGAGCACAUUGAGGCUUAUAACACUGUGCAAUCAUUUGGUGGUUCUGAGGCUGUAACAGAUGAUAUGGAACAUGACCAAGAUCUUGAUGGAGGAUUUAAUCCUGCUAGUGAAGAUGAUUAUAUGCAUGAAAACUCUGAGGAUACAAGGGGCCUUGAAAAUGGUAUUGAUACCAUGGGCAUAAGAUUUGAAAUCCAGCCUCAUGUACAAGAAAAUCUUGAUGAAGAUGAUGAUGAUGAGGACGAUGAUGAAGAGAUGUCUGGGGAUGAGGGAGAUGAAGUAGAUGAAGAUGAAGAUGAGGACGAUGAGGAGCAUAAUGAUCUGGAAGAUGAAGUCCAUCAUCUGCCACAUCCCGACACUGAUCAAGAUGAUCAUGAGAUUGAUGAUGAAUUUGAUGAGGAAGUAUUGGAGGAAGAUGAUGAAGAUGAUGAGGAUGAUGAGGAUGGGGUUAUACUGAGGCUAGAGGAGGGCAUUAAUGGAAUUAAUGUGUUUGAUCAUAUUGAGGUUUUUGGUAGAGACCAUAGUUUUCCCAAUGAAACACUCCAUGUAAUGCCUGUUGAAGUUUUUGGUUCCAGACGUCAGGGCCGGACCACUUCUAUUUACAGUCUUUUGGGCAGGACUGGUGAGAAUGCUGCUCCAUCACGGCAUCCUCUUUUGGUGGGACCAGGACCUUCAUCACUGCACCCAGCCCCUCUUAGACAAUCUGAGAAUGUCCGUGAUGCACUCAUGCCAGAUAGGAAUUCAGAGAACGGCUCAUCACGGUUGGAUAGUAUCUUCCGGUCGCUGAGAAAUGGGCGCCAUGGACAUCGAUUGAAUUUGUGGAUAGAUGAUAACCAGCAAGGUGGUGGAUCCAAUGCAGGUGUUGUACCACAAGGCCUUGAGGAGUUGCUUGUUUCUCAAUUAAGACGAACGGCCCCUGAGAAGCCUUCAGAUCAGAAAAAAGAAGUGGAGCCUCAAAACAAAGGUGAAGUUCAGUUACAAGAUUCAGAAGCAGGUGUAAGGCCUGAAAUCUCUGUUGAAAACAAUGCAAAUGCUGAAAGUGGAAAUGUGCGUCCCACUGAUACAGUUGACCCCUUGGGAAAUGCUGAUUUGAGACCUGCAGCAAGUGAAACUCUACAACCAGCAGAUAUGUCUAGCACACAUUCACAAUCUGUUGAGAUGCAAUUUGAACAUAAUGAUGCCGCUGUACGGGAUGUAGAAGCUGUUAGCCAAGAAAGUGGUGGAAGUGGAGCGACUUUAGGAGAGAGCCUUCGCAGCCUAGAUGUUGAAAUUGGAAGUGCUGAUGGCCAUGAGGAUGGUGGGGAGAGGCAAGGUUCUGCAGAUAGGGUCUCUCUGGGUGAUCCUCAGGCAGCUCGCACGAGAAGAGCUAAUGUAUCUUUUGGAAACUCUUCAACAGUUGGUGCAAGAGAUGUGCCCCUUCAUAGCGUGACUGAAGUCUCAGAAAAUUCUAGCCGAGAAGCUGAACAGGAUGGUCCAGCAUCAGAGCAGCAAAAUAAUAGCGAUGCUGGUUCAGGAGCAAUAGAUCCUGCAUUCUUGGAUGCUCUUCCUGAGGAGUUGCGAGCUGAGGUUCUUUCAGCUCAACAGGGUCAGGCAGCUCCUCCCUCAAAUGCUGAACCACAAAAUGCAGGGGAUAUUGAUCCAGAAUUCCUUGCAGCCCUUCCACCUGACAUCCGAGCAGAAGUUCUAGCACAGCAGCAAGCUCAAAGGCUACAUCAAUCGCAGGAACUGGAAGGUCAACCAGUUGAAAUGGACACAGUCUCAAUUAUUGCAACAUUUCCUUCAGAUUUACGUGAAGAGGUUCUUUUAACUUCAUCUGAUGCCAUACUUGCUAAUCUUACACCUGCUCUAGUUGCGGAGGCAAACAUGUUGCGUGAAAGAUUUGCUCAUCGUUAUAAUCGUACCCUGUUUGGUAUGUAUCCUAGAAACCGUAGAGGUGAGACUUCUAGACGGGGUGAUGGUAUUGGGUCUAGCCUGGAAAGAAUUGGGGGUAUUGCCUCACGUCGGUCUAUAGGAGCUAAGGUAGUUGAAGCUGAUGGAGCUCCACUGGUUGAUGCAGAGGCUCUGCAUGCAAUGAUUCGGUUGCUCCGCAUUGUUCAGCCACUGUAUAAGGGUCAGCUGCAGAGGCUUCUUUUGAAUUUAUGUGCCCAUAAUGAGACCAGAAUUUCUCUUGUGAAAAUUCUCAUGGACAUGCUAAUCCUUGGCAAAAGAAAGCCUGUUAAUUAUUUAGGUGCUGCAGAGCCUUCUUACCGGCUCUAUGCAUGCCAGACUAAUGUGAUGUAUUCUCGCCCUCAAUAUUUUGAUGGUGUUCCUCCCUUGGUGUCUCGGCGUGUACUUGAAACUCUAACUUAUUUGGCGCGGAAUCAUCCCUAUGUGGCAAAGAUUUUGCUUCAAUUCAAGUUGCCUCUCCCUUCCUCUCAAGAAUCUAAGAAUAUGGUUGAUCAGACUAGUGGCAAAGCUGUGAUGGUUGUUGAUGAUAAUGGACAAAAUAAAAGUGUAGAUCAGGGAGGAUAUUUGUCCAUUGCCCUACUCUUGGGUCUCUUGAAUCAACCCCUUUAUUUGAGGAGUAUAGCACAUCUUGAACAGCUGCUUCACUUGUUGGAGGUCAUUAUUGGUGCUGCCGAAAGCAAGUCAACUUUAUCUGAAAAAUCUGAGGUUUCUGUUUCUGAACAACAGACUGGUCCUCAACUUUUGACGUCAGAUACUGAGAUGAAUGCAGAUUCUGGUGGCGUUUCUGCUAGGGUGGGUACAUCAAAUAAGGUUGCCAGUUUCUCCAAACCCACCACUUCAGCGGCAGAUAAUGAAUGUGAUACUCAAACUGUUCUGCUUAACCUGCCACAAGCUGAGCUUCGGCUUCUAUGCUCAUUGCUUGCACGAGAAGGAUUGUCAGAUAAUGCGUAUGCUCUAGUUGCAGAGGUAAUGAAUAAGUUGGUGGCCAUUGCUCCCACACAUUGUAAGCUGUUUAUCACCGAGCUUGCAGAAGCUGUUCAAAAUUUGACCAGAUCUGCUAUGAUUGAGUUACGCAUGUUUGGUGAAGCAGUGAAAGCACUCCUCAGCACUUCAACCUCUGAUGGAGCUGCAAUUUUAAGAGUUCUGCAAGCAUUAAGCUCUCUAGUUGCCUCAUUGAUUGAGCAAGAGAAGGAUUCACAAACUUCUGAAAAAGCGCAUAGUUCUUCUCUUUCUCAGGUUUGGGACAUAAAUGCAGCUUUGGAGCCUUUGUGGCUGGAAUUGAGCACUUGCAUAAGCAAAAUAGAGAGCUAUUCAGAUUCAGCCCCUGACUUGAUGACUUCAUAUAGAACUUCCACAUCUAAACCAUCUAGUGCAACAUCUCCACUGCCUGUUGGCACUCAGAACAUCUUGCCAUAUAUAGAAUCUUUCUUUGUGGUGUGUGAGAAGUUACAUCCUGCAUUACCCGGUCCUGGGCAUGAUUUCAGUAUUGCUGCAGUUACUGAGAUUGAAGAUGCCAGCACAUCAGCUAGCCUGCAAAAAGCUGCCUCGGGUUCUUUGAAAGUUGAUGAGAAACAGAUUGCUUUUGUGAAGUUUUCGGAGAAGCACAGGAAGCUUCUUAAUGCUUUCAUUCGGCAAAAUCCUGGUUUGCUUGAGAAGUCAUUCUCGCUAUUGCUGAAGGUUCCCCGCUUUAUUGAUUUUGACAACAAACGUUCUCACUUUAGAUCAAAAAUAAAGCAUCAACAUGAUCAUCAUCACAGUCCUUUGAGAAUUUCAGUAAGAAGAGCAUACAUUCUUGAAGAUUCAUAUAACCAAUUGCGGAUGCGAUCAACGCAUGACUUGAAGGGAAGAUUGACAGUUCACUUCCAAGGAGAGGAGGGUAUUGAUGCAGGUGGACUCACAAGGGAAUGGUAUCAAUUGUUGUCCAGGGUUAUUUUUGACAAGGGAGCUUUACUUUUUACAACUGUGGGAAAUGAGUCGACUUUCCAGCCAAAUCCCAACUCUGUCUACCAAACAGAACACCUAUCAUAUUUUAAGUUUGUUGGGCGAGUGGUAGGGAAAGCACUUUUUGAUGGACAGCUAUUGGACGUACAUUUUACUCGGUCUUUCUACAAACACAUUUUGGAGGUUAAGGUCACUUAUCAUGACAUUGAAGCCAUUGAUCCUGAUUACUUUAAAAACCUCAAGUGGAUGCUUGAGAAUGACAUCAGUGAUGUUCUAGACCUUACAUUCAGCAUUGAUGCAGAUGAGGAAAAACUGAUACUAUAUGAGAGGACAGAAGUAACAGACUAUGAACUGAUUCCUGGUGGAAGAAACAUUAAAGUAACUGAGGAAAAUAAGCACCAAUAUGUUGAUUUAGUUGCUGAGCAUCGGUUGACAACAGCUAUUCGGCCUCAGAUAACUGCUUUUCUGGAAGGAUUCAAUGAAUUAAUUCCUGGGGAAUUGAUAUCUAUUUUCAAUGAUAAAGAAUUGGAACUAUUGAUCAGUGGACUUCCUGAUAUUGAUUUGGAUGACAUGAGAGCAAAUACUGAAUAUUCUGGAUACAGUGCUGCAUCCCCCAUCGUACAAUGGUUUUGGGAGGUUGUCCAAGGUUUUAGCAAGGAGGAUAAGGCUCGUCUUUUACAGUUUGUGACUGGCACCUCAAAGGUUCCUUUAGAAGGGUUCAGUGCACUUCAAGGAAUUUCAGGCUCACAGAAGUUUCAGAUACACAAGGCAUAUGGCAGCCCUGAUCAUCUGCCGUCUGCACAUACUUGUUUCAAUCAGUUGGAUCUACCAGAGUAUCCUUCUAAGCAACAUCUUGAGGAGAGAUUGCUUCUUGCAAUUCAUGAGGCGAGUGAAGGCUUUGGAUUUGGUUAAGAGAGUUCAGUGGAGGCAUUAACGCACACAGAGCCAUCAUUGUAGAUACAUACAGAUUAUGUUUAAAAAAGUUGAAUCAUUAAAAGGGGAAUUGGGUAGUAAAAAGGUGGCAAAUAUGUUCUUCUUGUUGAUACAUGUUGAUAAACUGUACAGUCGUCUAUUUGCUAAUGGGAAAUGCGUCUGGCAGUUUUUUUAAAUGUGCCAA